AUGCAAUAUGCUAAUGGUGGUGAUUUACAAAAUUAUCUUAAAAAUAAUUUUAAAAAUUUAAAUUGGAAUGAUAAAAACAAGUUAGCAUUUCAAAUUGCAAAUGGAUUAAAUUACUUGCAUAAUGAAGAUGUCUUACAUAGAGAUCUUCAUUCUAAAAAUAUACUUAUUCAUAAUAAUGAUGCUAAAAUUACAGAUUUUGGUAUUUCAAAAAUUGGAAAUAGUUCUACUAGACAUAUUGGACCUUGUGGUAAAACUGCUUAUAUAGAUCCACAAAUUCUUAUAAAUCAUAACUUUCAAUAUAUUAAGCCUUCAGAUAUUUAUAGUUUUGGAAUUCUAAUGUGGGAAAUUUCUAGUGGAUAUUCUCCAUUUAAAGCUUUAAAUGAUACUACUAUUUGUGCUGCUAUUGUUAAUAAUAAUGCUCGUGAAAUUACUAUAUUAGAUACUCCUAAGGAUUAUGAAAAACUAUAUAAAAAAUGUUGGGAUCAAGAACCUAAGCAAAGACCUACUAUUACAGAAAUAUUGGUUGAAUUCUCAAGGAUGAGUUUUAUUAAUAAACCGAUUAAAGGUAGAUAUAUUAAAGAUCUUAUUAUUGCUAUUACUUGUCAUGAAACUCGUGAAAUUUCUAUAGCGAAUACACUUGAAGAUUACGAAAAAUUAUAUAAAAAAUGCUGGAAACAAGAACCAAAGCAAAGACCAAUUAUUAAAGAAGUAUUAAAAAAAUUUUAUAAAAUGGGCUUUGGAAAAAUUAUUGGUGAUAAUGAAACCACAAAAGAUACAGAGAACAAUAAUUCUGAUCCUGAUUCAAAAAUUGGCAAUUCUAUUCAGUUAGAUACUUUUGAGAAUUUAUCUAUAACAAAUCAUGAAGUAUAUUAG